AGAAAGGACACCAGCGCCGCCAACUCCAGCAUCAUCAUCAUCUCAAUCAUCCUCCUUCAGAUCGAGCUCACCCACUACCCUUUGUCCCAUCAAUCUCAUCAACCUCCUCGCCUCAACUUCAACCUCGAGACUCUCAUCCCCUUGCAAUAACCACAUCUCCUCCAAAAUGUCUUCAGAUCUUUGUCCCGUCUAUGCGCCCUUCUUCGGAGCAAUGGGCUGUACCUCGGCCAUUGUCUUCACUUGCUUCGGUGCCGCAUAUGGAACUGCAAAGUCUGGUGUUGGUAUCUCUGCCAUGGGUGUUCUACGACCCGAUCUUAUCGUCAAGAACAUUGUCCCUGUCAUCAUGGCUGGUAUCAUUGGUAUCUACGGCUUGGUGGUUUCCGUCCUGAUCUCCGACAAUCUUUCUCAAAAGGAGGCCCUCUUCACGAGCUUCAUCCAGCUUGGUGCUGGUCUGUCAGUGGGUCUGUCAGGUCUUGCUGCUGGCUUCGCCAUUGGCAUUGUGGGUGAUGCCGGCGUCCGUGGCACUGCGCAACAACCUCGUCUGUUCGUCGGCAUGAUCCUUAUCCUCAUUUUCGCCGAAGUCCUGGGUCUUUACGGCCUGAUCGUUGCCCUGUUGAUGAACUCGAAAGCCCAGACUGAUGUCCAUUGCUAGAUGGCUGGUCUCAGACUCCUGUUCGUGGACAAUAACAGAUGUGAGCCAGAUGGCUCCGAUGAAGCAUUUUUGGGGACCACAUCCAUGAACACGAUAGCCAGGAGCAGCUUUCGGAGAUGGGUUAUAAGUGAGACACGAAUGGCAAGAAUACCGGCACUCCAUUCUCCUACAAGAGUGGAGGCCAGCCGGUUACGAUUACCGUGCUGACAACAUGCGAGACCGAGUUACCCCCUUGGUACCAAGUGGUUCUGUGUUUCUCGGUCGAAGGAUUGUAUUAUCUUUGCAAGCGCGUCAUCAGGGUUGAUGCUCGCAAAUGGUGGUAACAGGGAUGGGAGGAUUAGCCUCUGGGUGCACACGUGGUGUGGAGCGAUACGUGAGCAUCUGUCACGUACAAUGUUAGGGCAAAUAGAUAAUGCUUUUUUGUAUUUUGUA